AUGGUUUUGUCAAUGGUUGGCUCAUUUGUCACUCUUGAUGACACACUUUACAUUGUUCAGAAGUAUAGUGUUUUCAACCAGUACGGUGUUAAACUCGGAUGGAUGUGGACAUGCUUGAUUGUUGGACCUUUUAUUUGGUUCUCUUCACGAGCCCAUCACAGGUAUUUUGAUCAUUUUUAUUUAUGGGUGGCAGACGCUGCAGCACCGCGAUAUAGUCAUUAA